AUGGAGAACAAUAGAGAUGAGGCGUGCCACUCUCAAGGCAGAGAUGAGCAAGAAGGAGGUCUUGCCAUAAGGAGAGUUUCUCUAAUGAAAGAACUUAAGGAGAGAAUUCUCCAAACUGGUGCAGCAAGACCUGCAGGGGCACAGGAAAGUCGGGAUCUUGCGGAGGUCUGGAAGUGGAAUCCUCCACAGUUUGCAGGGGAUGCAGAUCCAGAGGUAGCUGACCGCGGGAUUCGUGAGCUAGAGAAGAUCUUUACUGUACUGGGAUGUCCUCCAGAGAGGAGGUUAGCAUAUGCUGUGUACAUGCUAGUUGGGGAGGCCGAACAUUGGUGGAGGGGCACCUAUCAGAUGCUUACUGCCAGAGGAGUUACAGUUGACUGGGAAUGCUUCAGAACGGUGUUCAUGGAGAAGUAUUUCCCAGAGAGCGUGAGGCACGCUAAGGAGGCUGAGUUUAUGAGGUUACAUCAGGGAGGGAUGACGGUUUCUGAGUAUGCGAUAAAAUUCGAGCACCUGGCCUGUUUUUAUUCGCAAGGUAUGCCUGAGGCUUGGAAAUGCAGGAAAUUUGCAGAUGGAUUGAGAUAUGAGCUGAAGAGGAUGGUGGUGCCUAUGGCCAUCACAGAGUUCCCCGCCUUGGUAGAGAAGGCGAAAAUAGUAGAACAAUUGGAAGGUGGUAACCGUACUAUGAGGACUGCAGGUGGCCCAUCUGGGUCCAAGAAGGGUGAGAGUCAAAGGAAGCCGUAUGACAGGCCCCAGUCUCAUCAAGGGGGUUCUGUUGCUCGGCAAUCUUCCAGUGCUGCUAGUGGAGGUAGACAGAGUGGAGGUGCCACUCUGAGAUGUUUCAGGUGUGCUGGGCCCCACUUUGUCAGGGACUGCCCACACACGGAGAGUCGUUGCUUCAGAUGUCAUCAGAUGGGCCACGAGUCAGCCAACUGCCCUACUAGGGGCAGACCCGAGAGGAGUACUCCGAGGGGUGAUGCGUAG